GAUGAUGAUGAUGAUGAUGAUGAUGAUGAUGAUGAUGAUGAUGAUGAUGAUGAUGAUGAGGAUGAUGCUGAUGAUGUUGAUGAUGUUGAUGAUGCUGAUGCUGAUGAUGAUUAUGAUGACGAUGAUGUUGAUUAUGAUGAUGAUGUUGCUGAUGAUGCUGAUGAUAAUGAUGAUGCUGAUGAUGAUGAUGAUGAUGACUACUCGGAUGAUGAUGACGCGGACACCGCUUUUCCAGUAACCGAAUACGAAGAGAAAUGGAACGUUCGUGAACGUUUAGAUGAGUGA